GAGGAAAGGGUUCUGAGAGCCUUGGAAGUGAUAUUCGUGAUCACCGCGAAAUUCUCUAUCGAAUGGUGUAUGAAGUGUCGAAAAAUAAAUUUCACUGCAAGGCUGCCCUGGGUGCAUCUUACUCAUUAAAAUUAUAUCAAUUUUGUAUACUUCUAGUAUUUAUGCUGGAUAUUUCUAUUUCUAUUGGGUGCUGUAAUUGCAUUGAUUCCGUUACUAAUUCUCUUUUUGAAAAAAGCAAAGUGUGAAACACCUGGACCAGAUCAACCACCAGCAUGGAAUGCAUCGGAUUAUCAAUCAAACGCCGAUUAUUAUAAAACUGUUCAACUUCACGAUUUUACACAAGACGAUAAUCUACGUAUCGAUCGCAUAUCGUCACCCGUUUAUAGUCGAUCUGGCAAAACAAUAAUCUUUUUACGGCAACAAUUUCACAUGCCUGAUUCGAAUUCAUCAUCAACAACGAUUCAUUGGCUCGAUUUAGAAUCUUUAAAAACCGCUCAACUAACUCGUCCAGUCUGGGGUACGAACGAUCAACAAAUCUACUGGGCUGAUGACAAUACUGUUUUGUUCUUAUCUAAUCGUGCCAAAUCGGGUCUAACACAGCUGUUUCAAUUAACAAUACCAACUACUAUUCCUACAGAGUUUCUCGAACCCUAUCAGAUUACGGAUUAUCCAUUGAAUAUCGAUAACCUGUUGGUGAACAAACAGGGAAGUCUAGUAGCAUUCUCGUGUCAAGUGUAUCCUAAAUCGAACAUGGACGAAACUGUUCAGAAACAAUUACAGUGGAAUGAAAAUGGACGCCGUGUUUAUGAAUUUGAUAAGUUAUUUAUUCGUCAUUGGGAUGAAUACAUGACAGGUGUACGAAACCAUCCAUUUCUAAUGAGUAUCAAAAAAGGCGAAGACGGAAAAUACAAAACGACGUCAAAACCGAUUGAUGUCAUGUUCGAUCUCGAUAGUGAUUCUCCCACG